AUUCUGCGCAUGCGUAAUAUUUCCCUGUUGAUGUGAUCCCGAUCCGAGGAAUAGAAUUAUUGCUGAUUUUCGAGAUUACACACCGAGCAUACCACAUGGUUUUUCUUGUCUUCAAAAGUUUGGCUGUCCUUCAAAAGUGCUGAAGUCAUAUCAGAGUGCCCUCAUGAAAUAAACCCAAGUGAAGGAACUAUCAGUCAACGACAAUGGAGCAGGAAAAUGAAGUUGGGCAGUUUAACCUGACUGUACAAGGUACAACGGAGGAGGAGGAGGAGAAUAAAUCAGACACUGCAAAUAAAAAUGAUCAGUGUGAAACCACCGUUCAUCCUGGUCUAUCGGGAGGUACCAAGGACACGUGUAUUGGGGAUCCGGACGACAUUCAUGCAGCUCAAGGAAGCAUGGAAGAUCUUACCAAUCAGAAUGUGCCAGUUAACCCUGAAGGUAAUGUUGAUGGAGUGAACAAAGUAGGGAUAGAGAUUCCAGUGGAUUUGGAAGAUCAUUCCUCUUUGGAACCAGUGGGAGUGAUCUCUGGUGCUUCAACAGCUGCUGUUACAUCUGAAGUGGUUGAUAGUGAAACUCAUCCAGAGGGGAAUACUCCAACAAUGUCUACUAAAGUACAAGAGAUCACACACGAAGAUGCAGAGACGUUAGAUCCAGGUGAAACUUUAACUGAACUUGCCGCUUCAGGCACUACUGUCUCCACGGAUGAAGUAGUGGUAUUAUUGCAAGAAGUCCAUAAAAACCCUAUUUCUUCAUCAACAGAUGAUCAGAAAUCUGAAAUAUCAGUCCAGGAUAGCAGGGAUUCUGCAGGAGAAUGUAAUCAAACUGAAGGUAUUGUGCAGAUUGACUCACAACUCAGCAAGGAACUGAUUAUGCAAUCCGUUGAUCAGACUGGUACAAGUGCUGAGCAGGGUGACAACGCACUCUGCAGAGGAAGCCCAGGAGUUGUCCAGGUAAUUGGUGCAAGUGAGACUGGAGAAGAUGGAGAAGAAUCAGCUAAACCAUCUGCUUCCCCAUCUCAGGAAUCAUGUUCAAGUAAAUUUGUUAGUACAUUCAGUGGAGACCAUAAUAUCCCUUCACAUGCAGAGUCACUUCAUGAAGAUAAUACGUUGGUGAAUACAUCAGCCGUUGACAUUACCAAUGAUGAAGCUGUUCCUUCAAUGCCAGUUGACCCUAUGACAACAGGUGAAAAUGCAUUUGUUAGUGAUAUGCCCUCAACAGAAACAGAAAUUGCUAUGACUAAAAAGCAAGGUGAGGAUACCAUAACUUCUACAGUUCAAGAGGUUUAUCAGCAAGGUUCAGAUCAUACAGACCUCGCUCAGAUAUCACCAGUGGAUACUAACGUUUUAAAUAAAACAAGAAAUGUUUUGGGAAAUGAGUCUUCUGAUUUUGUGACAAGUACUUCCACACAAGAAGAACGUGGGUCUAAUAUGUAUGAAGGUACUCCAAUGGAUAUAAGCAUCGACACUAAUCAGAUAAAUGAAGCAACACCACGGGAUAGCAUUCACGUGGUAGAUGAUGACAGAGGGCAAAUGGCUAUGGAACUUUCUACAGAUGUGAUUCAACCAAACCAGUCUUCAGCGAAUGGUCCAGGUCAGCAGUUAACACAAUUCAUAGAACCAAUGGUUUUAUCUGAAGAGCCAAUGGAUGUAACAGAAAGUGCACUUCACAUCUCCAGCAGCCAAACAUCCGUAGACACAAUAGACCCAAGUGUAGUCCCAGGCUUAGUUUCUGAAAUGUUGGGCAAAGAUUCUGAAGCACAUGCAUCCCAUCAUCUUUCCAGUGUAACAUCUUCAGAUGCAGUAGAGUCUCAAGAAUGCGGUCCUGAUAUGGAAGAGGAAAGGCUUGAGGAAUCAAGCAAAAACCCCUGAGAAAUUUUACAGGAUGAAGGUGUUGUCACUAAUGCAGUCUAUCAAAAACCAUCUAUAGAAUCAGGUGGAGAAGUAACAAGUGAUGUUUUGAUAAGUUAUGAUGAAAUGGGAUUAACAGAUCAAGUUUCAGAAAUGGAAAUUGAUCAACCUGAUCAAAGGGAUGAUGACGAAUCUGAAAGUCAGUUAUUGUCUCAAGAAAACAUCGCAAAUGCCUCAGUCAUGGAAGCAAGUUCAUGUUCUGGAACAAGCUUGGCAUCAAAGGAAGAGCAAGAACAAGGUGAAAAAGAUCAAGCUAAGGAUAAGGAGAUGGAAGAGCAUGUCCACCCAGUUCCAACCACACAUUGUACAAUAACGCCAGACUCACAAGCUAGUGAUGUAAAAGAUAAAGAUAUUGCAUUACUUGAGCCAAGCAGUGCAGAAGCCAAAACCUAUUCUUGUGAUACAACAACUGCUGAGUCUGGAUUGGCUUCAGAAAUCGAGCAGCCUUUGCAGAAAGAAUUGAUUGAAGAAUGCCAGUCUUCAGGUACAGACCCACUGAAAGACGUACCUGAAAGUUUUGAUGAAAAUGAGCAAGUACAGCAGACACCAAUAAACCCUGCAGUCAAGCCACUGGCAAUGUCUUCAGGACAAAUAGAUUUGCUACGUGAUCAGGAUACAUGUGAUUCAGACGAUAGAACAAUAGUGGAUCAAAGUGCUCAUGAUAGUGACAGUUUGGCAGAAGAGGCGAAACCAUCGAAUACAUGCAAUGUCAAAAAGAUGCAUGAAAAUAAUGCAUCAACUAGUAUGCAACUUGAACAUUUAGAAGAUAAUGAGCAACGUCUUGUUGAAGACGGGAACAGAUUAGCUGGUGAACAUGUUGCUGAUAAGGUUGGUUCUGGUUAUACAGAAGAUGAGAAUAGAAUUGAAUUACCUGUUUCUUUGGACCAGAAGGAAAAGAUGGCUGUUGAAACAUGUGAUGGUGAUACUGCAGAAUACAGUGAUCAUACUAGUCAUGUGCCUGAUAGUAAAAAUUCAAAUGCAGAAAGCAGUGACGUGCAAGGAGAGCAAUUAACAGAAUCCCAUGGUAUCCAAACUGCUGUGGGAGAUGUUGACAAUGAUGAUGAACAAAUGACUCCAGAAAUCAUUCUGAACAAAGGUGAACUGUCAGGUGAUGUUAAAUGUGAUCUGGGCAAAAAUAUAAGUUUAUCACAAGAGGAGGUUAAAGGCAGAUCAGAUUCAGGUCCAGUGGCUGGAAAUUCUGGGGUCACAGUUGGCAGUAUUUCUGAAGAUAAUCCGGUUAGCAUAGAAAUAUCUUCAGAGACAGACAUUGUCCAUGAUAUAGAGCAGGUGAGAAACCUUGAUACUCCUGUAUCGAGUGAAAGUAUUCAAGAGAACAUUGUAUUAGAGAAUGAUGAAACAGAUAAGACUGUCUCAGCAGCUGGGUAUCAUACACUGACUUUCAGUGAAGAGGCUCAAGUAUCAAGUAAAAAUGAAACCAGUGCAUGUCAACAGGUAAUUAGUCAAGAGAGCACAACAUAUGCAAGAUUGAUGCAUGCACCAAGAAAUGAUAGUCAUAUUAAUGACCCAAGUCAGUCUAGUACAGAAGCUAUAGUAGAAUCAUCAUCUAGAGAAAUUUCAGAAAGCAGCUAUGAAGAGAGUAGAACAGAUGCGAGUGUCAUGCAUCCAUCACAAGAUGACAGUCAUACGUUUGACCCUAGUCGGGCGAGUAAAGAAGCUGCAUUUGAAUCAUCUGAAGAAAUAUCAAAAAGUGACUUUGAAGGAGAAUCAAAAACCACUCUUAAUGACACUGAAUGCAAGUCUUCAAAAACUAUUGAUGAAAAGAGAGGUGAAUUACCUUCUGGACAUUUGCAGGAAACCAUCUGUGUUGAAGUGCAUCCUGAUGAAUUAGAAUCACACCAGAAAGAUGACUCACAGCUGGAAGAAGAGAAUGAGGAGAUUCCCAUGGUUGUUGAUGUGUGUGACGACAUAGAGGCUUCUGAUGCUGCUGACAAUGAAAGUAAAUCUAGUGCCGAGAUGAAGUCCGUCAGUGAUAUUCCAGAGGACAUGGAGGUUUCUUCUGCAGAAGACUCUUUGGGUAAAGACAUUGAUGAAAUAAAUGAUGUAGCAGAGGCAAAGUCCACAGGUGUGUCAGAGAUUGAGCUAGUUAGUGAUAUUGCAGGGAAUAAGGAUCACUUAUUGACAUUCUCUGCAGAAGGGUGUGAUCAUGUUAAAGACAUUGAAGAAUCUACUGAGAAAGCAGAGGAACAUACCACAUGUUCGACUGAAUCUGAUGCUGCAGACAACAGCAACACAUGUAGCAGUGGAAUAGAGUCUGUCAGUCAUAUUCCAGAGGGACUUGUGGACAACAAGCCUUCAUGCACAUUGUCUUUAGAGGCACUCGAUCCCAGUAGCAACGCCAAAGAAAUAAAUGAGGUAGCAGAGACAAAGACAAUAGGGGUGUUUGAUGUGACAGACAAUGAAAAUGGGUGCAGCACUGAGAUUGAGUUUGACCGUAACAUUCCAGAGCAAAUUGAGGACGAUGAGGCUUCACAUACAUUGUUUGCAGAAACACUGGAUCCCAGUAAAGAGAUCAGAGAUGUAGUUGAGGCAGAUGAGAUAAAUACUACAGAAGUUUCUGAUGUGACAGACAAUGAAAAUGAAUGCAGUACAGGAAUUCAGCCAGUCAGUGAUAUUCCAGAGGAAGUUGUGGACAAAGAGCCAUCAUAUACACCUGCAGGAGAAUCUGAUUGCAGUAAAGACCCUGAAGUAAUAACCGAGGUAGUAGAGACUAGUACUGCAGGUGUCUCUGAGUCUGUCAGUAACAUUCCAGAGAAAACCGAGGAAAGCAAGUCUUCACAUUCAUUGAUUUUUGCAGAAGUCCUGGAUCCUAGUAAAGAGAUCGAAGAAUUAAGUCAUGCAAGAGAGACAAUCACAACUGGGGUAUCUUAUGUGACAGACAAUGAUGAUAAAUGUAUGGCUGAGCAAGAGCCAGUGAGUGAUACUCCAGAAGAAAUUGUGAACAAGGAGCCUUCAUGUACGUCCUCUGCUGAAAUACUGGAUCCCAGUAAAGACACUGAAGUAAUAUCUGAGAAAGAGGAGAACACUGAUGUGUCUGAGUCUGUAGGAAGUGAAAAUGCAUUGAUGGGAACUACACCUAUGGAUUCUGCUGUUUUAUCUGUCAAGAUGGAUGGUUCUGGGGAUGAUACUUCAGUUGCUUCAUCAAGGGGCAUGGAAAUGGAAAUAUCUGUCAUAGAAGAUGUUGUUACCCCACAUUCCAAAGAAGAAGAGGUGGUCCUUCGAAGGUCAGAAGAUAUUGAAAUAUCCACGAUAAUGUCCAAGAAAUCAUUAAAUGAAGAACUAUCAACUCAUCAGUCGGUGAGUUUCGAACCUGGAGACAUCACUGCUGACACUACUAAUAUGGAAGGAAAAGAGGCGAUUUGUGAUGUUGAUAAAAAUCUGGAGAUAUCUGAUGCUGCAACUGAGUUUGCUUCACAGGAAAAUAAUGAUAGAGCUGACAUGACAAAGGAUGUCUCUGGUGAAGAAAUCGGUAGUGGUAAUAAAGUUCAUUUAGAGCCAUCAAACAUUGACUCAUAUGUUGAAGCAAGUGAUCUUGAGACCAAAAAUAUGCAUAGUAUUGAAGAGGAUGGAGCUGGGCAGUCAAUUCCUAUUGCUGCUGAUUUGACAGCAGUUGAUGUGACUUCUGUCCCUGAUGAGUUGCAGGAAGGGUCCAGUCGAGAACUUGGAAACAUAUGUCAAGAUGUUGGACUGUCGGAUUUAAAUCUUAAGCAAAGUGAUGAGACCAUAGAUGUUGAUGAGGCUAUGGAAAUUGAUGGUGAACAGGAAAUCCAAGAAUCAAAUGAAGAAUCAAGGGUGGAAUCAACCAGUUCUGAUGCCAGUAGCCGUGUAGUGGAACAGGCAAGUUUUGAAGAACAGAGACAUGUGGAGUGUUCAAGAGAGAAAGAAUCAGAAAUAUCAAAAGAUCAGGACUCUUCUGAAAUGGUUACAGGUGUAUUAGAGUACAAGGAGGUGUCAUCCAUGAAUAAUGAUGAGGAGCCUAUCCAGGAUUUAUCAGUGGAUAAAAAUCAAGACAGCAAUGCCAUUGAGUCAACAGUUCUUUCAGAUAUUUACACAGACCACAAAGACACCAUUGCAGCAGAAAGUGUGUUGGAAAGCUUACCAGAAAGAUCUGAAAGCACCUUUGAAGAUGGUAAAAGUACAGCAAGCGAAAAUGUAGAUGAAGAAGUCCUUCCUGCAAAGGAUACUGAAAGUGUUGAAAGCGUUCAAGUUGGAGAUGAUGAUUCUGUGAUAAUGCCAGAUGGAGUAACUGACCAGAAAGAAAGAGUUAGAGAAGCAUCAAUACAACAAAGUGAUGAAAGGCAACUAUCCAGCGGCGAAGUUCUACAACUCAAGGAUUCACAGCCUGAAACAAGCAUGGAUUCUGAAGAUGCGGGAAUUGACUCGACCCCCAAUGAAACACAGGAAGGACAGAAAGUUGAUCAGAUGAGCAGAGAAUCAGACAGUUUGGAGAAGCUUGAGAGGGAAGAUGAUACUGUACCCAUUGAAGAAAGAGUUCAGACUGUUCGGAAAGAAAUGGAAGAGGUGUCGAAAGUCAUUGGCAAGAUUAGUGAUCAACUGGUUGAGAAGAUUGAUGAAGAGGACAUGGAAAUACCUGUAUUAGAACGUUCUCUUUCUGCAGGAGAGGUUCCGGUCCUUGAAGGUGAAAAUCUGGCAGAGAUUGAUGCACCCAUCUUGACCCUGGCAACCUCACAAGAAAUGCAAGAUGACAAAGAUACUCCAGAUGGUGGUGAUACCAAUCAAGUAGAUAAUGCCAAUUCUCUGAAUGUAAGUGAACCUGACAAUGCACCACAAGAGAGAAUAGAAGUUAUACCUUCCAAAGAAUUUGAUGAUAUAACUCAUGCAACCAAGCAAGCUGAUUCAAAAGUGGAAAGGGUUCAUGAUGAUGAUGAUGCAUUGUCAGAUCAAGAGGAUGGUAAACUGAUGAUAGAUGAGGGAUCUGCAGAAGACAAUGAUAUCAUUGUAUUGGAUGAUUCAGAGAUGUGCAAGGAUGUCAAUGAUUUCAGAGUGAAAGAAUCUGCACCUGAAUUGGUACCCUCUGAUGUAAAUGUCGAAGCAGCUGACAACACUAGUAGGGGAAGUGCAGAUGUUUCCUCACAGAAGCUGGAGAAUGAAAAUAAAAUUGAUACACCGUCACAAUCCUUGACUAUUCAAACAAAGGAUCCACAGCAAAGCAUUGCGCAACUUGCAGUGACUGCUCAGCCAGCCGACGAAGAAACAGCCAAUAUGAUAUUGCAGGAGAUAUUAAAGAUGUCCGAAACUAUCGGGGAAGGUGUGGUGGCAAUUCCAGUCACGACUCCAGAAGGAGAAAUCUUGAAAGUGCCUCUGACUGUUGACCAAACUGGUGUGUCCAGCUGUGUGGAUGAUGGAGAGAAAGCCAUUAAUGAAGAGGUUCAGGUAGUUGUUGAAGAAAAAGUAAUGGCUCCGGAGAUGGACCACGUUCCAGAAGAGAAUGGAGCUGAAGGCCAAAUGGGAGAUGCCUCAGACCAUCACUUGCAAAGUCAAGAUAACUUUGAUGAGGCAGAGGUGAGAGCCCUGGAGUCUGAAGAAAAUCAAUCAUCUCCUGUUUCUGAAGCCAGAAAAGCUAAAAAGAGGAUAUUUUCAAAGACAUGUCGGUCCGGGAAGUGCUCUUGUAAACACUGCUUGGAAGCGAAGAGAGCAAAGCAAGCUCCUCCCGAACCUACACCUGAUGAAAGCAGUAAAGCCAAGAGAAAGCCAUUGCCUACUAAGUUUAAGAAGCUUGCAAUAACCUUUGCCCCUACUAUGAAUAAAGUCAAGUGUUCAUCCUGUAUUUUAGAGUUUGAAACUGAACAAGAUAUGCAAGCCCACUUCAAAUCUACCCAUGCUAAUCAGCCAAAAAUGUGUUCCAUUUGCCGACAAUCAUUCCAAAACGAAGAACUGGUCAAGCUACAUGAAUUGUCUCAUGUAAAGUCUGGGAUGUUUAUUUGCCUAGUCUGUGACAAAUCAUACAAGAGGAAAGCAGACAUAGUGCGUCACUAUAAAUCCCAUAAGGAUCCAGUUCCAAGCUCUGUCAAAAGGAAAAGUUCAACUGAAAUUUUUAUCGUAGCUGAUGACCUGAAGGAAGCCAAGCCCAUUCAGCCUGGAAAAAUUAGAAAACUGACCAUUACUGAGGAUACCAAGAAAGAAAAAUCUGCAGUGCGCCCAAAGGAAUCUGAAGGGGGAGCAGAGAUGAAGGCAAAUUCAAAUUCCGUCCAUGCCAAAGGUCCUGUGAAAACUCCCUUGCAAAAGGUCAAAGUUGAAAUCAAAAGUGAAGCCAAGCCCAAAACAGCCUCUGCUUCUACAGGUGGACCUUCCAAAAAUAAGCAGUCACCGGUACAACCCAAGACAGAUCUCUUCUCCUGCAAGCUAUGUGGGAAAGACUUUGUUCAUGAGGAGCUGCUUGAGGAGCAUAAGAAAAUUCAUACAGGAGAGUUCCCAUUCCCGUGCUCCAUGUGUGACAAGGCAUUCAAGGUAGCGAACCAGCUGAAGAAGCACGAGCGUGUUCACACAGGAGAAAAACCCUACAUGUGUCAAUAUUGCAAUAAACGUUUCUACAGCAGCAGUAACAAGAAGCGGCACGAACGCACCCACACCGGCUACAAACCCUACGUCUGCAGCGUGUGUGAUAAACCGCUGAGUGAAAAGUGGAUCUUGAAGAAACAUGAGAAGAUGCAUCUUAGUAUUGGUGGAAUCUCGUUUGAUGAUUAAUGGGAUGAAGAGCCACUUGGUCUACACCCGCUUUGUGUACCUUCCGUUAGGUCUCAAACCGCAAGGUCUAAAUCCUACUUUAUCUCCAAUUGUCUACUGACCAUUUGAUGUAAUUGCCAUGUCACCCGUUAACUAUAUUGUUUAAUUUCUAGUUAUUCCUUCCCCAUUUCAUCUAACAUCCAUUUGGUAACACCAUUUAGUCAAUAUGGUCAGGUGAACUGUUAAUGAAUGAAAUUUUCAUUUUACAAAGUAAAGAAAAUAAUUAGUAUACAAAUUGAAAAUAGGACCAUCUGGUCAUUAGAAUAAAUAAGAAUUAGGCAAAGUGUGUUUUAGACCAAGAUCUAGAGGAGUGUAGACCAAACGACAAUUAGACCAGAUUGAUAGUAGACCAAGUGGGUUUAUCCUGUGUGGGAGUCCAAGUGAAUGUAGACCAUUGAUGGCAGGUCAGGAGUUUCAUCUUCUAGUGGACAAUUCAUGCAUUACAUGCACCGCUAUUUUCUAUUAUCAUUGAGAAGCCUGCGGGUUAUUCACCUUUCCUAAAAUAUAUGAAAUAGCACAGGAUGCGAGUGAGAAUAUA